AUGCCAGAGGAGAUCCUGGAAUCUACUCACCCAAAAUGGGAGGAAUGUCUGGUUGGAUACUACAUUGGUAAGCGCCUACCCUUCCAGCUAACAGAGGACGCCCUCAAGAAUGCCUGGGGUCAUCACUUGGUCGAAGUCAUUGCUGCUGACCUUGGUUUUUACUUCUUUCACAUUCCGGAUGGUGAAUUCAGGAGGAAAGUCUUGGAUGGUGUCCCGAUUACAGUAGCUAAAAUCCCCUUGAUCCUGCAACAAUGGCACCCUAUGUUGGAGCUCAAGAAAUCAACUCAUAAUACUGUCCCCAUCUGGGUUCGUCUCAGGAACGUCCCUGUGGCUCUAUGGUCUGUUGCUGGGAUCAGUUUUCUAGCAAGUGGUAUUGAUGUCCUACCCACAAUUCUUCGGGUCCUUCUAAAGCUAGUCCCUCAGUCCCGAAGGCCCCUGUCCCUCGUCCAAAUGAAUGGCGUGAAGUGCGUGAUUGGAGAUCCGUUGCCUCAGACUUCGAUGGCCCUUCAUGGGCAACCAGAGUUAACCAGGCAGGAGGAUCAUCAUCCUUCCUUUGAUCUGCUCCCUGCCACCUCUAUUGACCCGGGAUCUGCUGCUGUGAUGCAAGGACAGGCUUCCCCUGUCUCGAAUAAGUCUGCACCUUCAGAUGAAGAUCUUGAAGAUAUCAGCUCUGAUGAUGGUGAAUCUGUUUCCCCAUGUAAGGUGCCCUCGUCCAUACUGGAGGAACGCGACAAAACUCCCCCUCCGGAGGUCAAUCAGGAGGCCCCUUUUCGUCAAAAAGGAAUCCUCCGCUCUGAAUCUGCUGAGGUGAGUAUUCCUGCUGGCCUGAAGCUUAUGCCACCCUCGGCGAGGAAACGAGGUGGCAAGAGAAGGGGUCUUGGACAAGCCCUCAAACAAGCUGAGAUUAGGAAUUUUGUGAGGACUAAUCGCCUCUGCUAUAUUGGUAUUUUGGAGACUAAAAUAUCCCCUGCUGCCCAUUCCCCUGUUUCGGCUUCCCUUCUUCCUAGGUGGUCUUGGUCUACAAAUUACUCUUAUUCCAUCAGGGGUUGUAUUUGGGUGGGUUGGAACCCCCUGGCCGCUUCCUUUUGCACCUCAGCUUGUACUGCUCAGGCCAUUCAUGGCCGGUUGGAGUGUUUUAUUUUUGGUAUUGCUUUUAAUCUUUCGGUGGUCUAUGCGGAGCAUUCUUUUGUCUUGAGAAGACCGCUUUGGAAUGAUCUGAUAUCCACUAGUUCCAUUUGUCUGGACAUCCCAUGGAUUGUUGCUGGUGACUUCAAUGACAUUCGUUAUGCUUCCAACGGAAAGCGAGAUAGUUCCAAUUACUUGGAUUCCAGCCUUUUGAAGAUUUCGAGAUUGCCUCAUCCAAGCUGGCAAAGGAAGAUAGACAGAGUUCUUACUAAUGCAGCUUGGAUCUCGGCCUUCUCCUAUUUGGAAGCCAACUUUCUCGCCCCUAGAGUGUCUGAUCACUCUCCUAUGGUGGUCAGGAUUCUCCCUGUUCCUAGCUCGCGCAAACCCUUCAAGUUUUUCAAUUUCUGGAUGUCACACCCCAAUUUCUUUGAGUUGGUUAGACAAAUCUGGGAGCUGCGUAUCUUUGGUACGCCUAUGUUUGUCCUCUGUAGUAAGCUUAGGUCCCUCAAACGCAGACUCAAGCUAUUAAACAGGGAGGCUUACUCUGAUAUUUCGGCUAGAACUUCUUACGCCAGACGCCUUCUCGUGGAAGCUCAGGACGCUAUUCAAUUUGACCCUCAUAAUCAAGCCCUAGCUGAUGCGGAAAAGGACUACCUCCGUGUCUUUUCUGACCUUCGCCUCAAGGAAGAAUCUUUCUACAGACAAAAGUCAAGGGUCAUAUGGCUUAAAGAAGGCGACUUAAACACCAGGUUCUUCCACCAUUCGGUGAAGCGAGGCCAUCUCCGGAAUAGAAUUCUCUCAAUUUCUGAUGGUACUAAUGUAAUUAUCGAUGAAGCCGAAGUGCAGCAACUCUUUGUUGAUCACUUUCAAAAUCUCUUUAUCGCCCAUUACCCUCCGCCGUUCCGCCAUUCCGUUAUAUUGGUAAUUCGGGAGUUCUUCUCUACGGGUCAGCUGCUUCGUGAGAUCAACACCACUAUUCUGACUUUGGUCCCGAAGUCCCCCAAUGCCUCCACAGUAAAUGACUUUCGUCCUAUUGCUUGCUGCAACACUUUUGAUACCUGGCACCCUCGUGGUCCAUUCAACAAGUUAUUCUCGGAUCGUGACAUAUAUCGCUCUCGUAUCCCUCGGAAUGCUUCCGUUGCUACGGGUAUUGCUGCCCUGUCUAUCCCAUCUAAUGUAGUUGUUGCUAUCCAUACUUGGGAUGAUCCUCUCCCCAGCCUCAACAGCCAUGAUGACCGUCUAGUGUGGCUUGGCCACUCUUCAGGUCAGUUCUCUACUGCUUAUGCAUGGACUAUGCUUCGAGCUAGGGGCUCCUUGGUUAACUGGUCUUGA